UUCCCCCCAAAUAGGCAAAUUACCGCCACAUUUCCCCUCUCUCUCUCUGCCCUAAUUAAAUCCAAUUAGGGUCUCAGAUUGAUUGAAUGGGCGAUGGAAACGCUGCACAGAAGGGUGGAGACUUGGAUCAGAGAUCACAGCACCAAAAUCCUCAAGGUGACGUGGCCUCAGCCAUGGCGGAUCGCCGUCAAGUGGCCGUGGCAGGACGGCCGCCGCGAGCAGCAGAGGAUGCUCCAGGAGGAGCUCGACCGCCGCAAGAAGCAAUGGCAUGAGCUCUGCGCCGCCCUCAAGGCUGAGACGCUCUCCGAUUUGCAGGAAAUCUUGUGCUGCAUGGUCCUCUCCGAGUGUGUAUACAAGAGACCUGCUGCUGAGAUGCUUCGGGCAGUGAACAAAUUUAAGGCCGACUUUGGAGGGCAUUUGGUAUCCCUAGAGCGUGUCCAACCAUGUUCAGAUCAUGUUCCUCACAGGUAUCUAUUAGCUGAAGCAGGAGACACUUUAUUUGCUUCCUUCAUUGGGACCAAGCGGUACAAGGAUAUCAUGGCUGAUGCAAAUAUAUUUCAAGGUGCCAUAUUCCACGAUAGUACAACGGAAGACAUAAACAGAAUGGGUUUUACAGAAACUGAUGGUCAAAUGAGUAAUGGGGAGAGCAGCACUAUACAUAUUGAAACCAACUAUAAACCAACAAAUUCCACCCCAAAGCCUGCUGUUCAUCGGGGAUUCAUGGCUCGUGCUAAAGGAAUUCCUGCAUUGGAAUUAUACAGGCUAGCCCAGAAAAAGAAACGAAAACUGGUGUUAUGUGGACACUCACUUGGUGGAGCAGUGGCUGUUUUGGCAACCCUUGCAAUUUUGAGAGUAAUCGCUGUUACAUCUACCGAUAAGAUACAAGUGAAGUGCAUAACAUUCUCCCAGCCACCAGUAGGAAAUGCUGCUCUUAGAGACUAUGUUAAUGGAAGAGGAUGGCAUCAUUAUUUUAAGACCUAUUGCAUUCCUGAAGACUUGGUGCCUCGAAUAUUAUCCCCUGCAUACUUUCAUCAUUAUAACUCACAGAACCCAACAGGGUUGGCCACGACUGAAACUUCACCAUCAGUGUUAAAAUAUGGUGAAGGAUUUGAGAAGCAGAAGGCGAAUAGACCGAAAGAGAAUGAAGGGGAGCAGUUGGUUCUGGGUUUGGGUCCCGUGCAGAAUUCUUUUUGGAGACUUUCUAGGCUUGUUCCUAUAGAAGGUCUUCGGAGACAGUUUUCUAAUAAAGGAAAUAGAGUUGAGCCAAUUGAAACAUCUGCUAUUGAUUCUUCUGCAACAUCAACUAUCGAUGACUUAGUUACUACUCCACAAUCUCUUGAAAUAGAGGAGAGUUCAGACGGCAUUUCCCUUCGGCCUUUACCUGAUAAAAGUGAAGACAUAACUGGAGGAAUAAAGAAUGACAAAUCAUCUGGUGCUAGUAAUACUAGCAUUGGGGAUAAGAGAAGAUGGCGCAGGAUACCUUCCUUACCUUCAUAUGUACCAUUUGGUCAACUUUAUCUUUUGGGAAAUUCAUCUGUGGAAUCACUAUCUGGUUCAGAAUACUCAAAAUUGACAUCGGUGAGAUCUGUACUUGCUGAAGUUAAAGAGCGUUUUCAGUCACAUUCCAUGAAAUCAUACAGGUCCCGCUUUCAAAGAAUCUACGAACAAUACGUAAACGAAAAUGCAUUUUCGUUCUUGGGGGAGCAAGACCUGCAAUUUCCCCAAUUGCAAAAAUGGCUAGGAAUUUCAGUUGCUGGCACAGUUGAACUUGGGCAUAUUGUUGACUCUCCAAUAAUCCGGGCGGCUACUUCUUUGGUUCCUCUGGGAUGGACUGGUAUUCCAAGUGAAAAGAACGGAGAUCAACUGAAAGUAGACGUAUCUGGUUUUGGAUUACAUCAAUGUACAUUGAUUCAAGCUCGAGUGAAUGGUAAAUGGUGUUCAACUACUGUGGAAUCUUUCCCUUCUCCACCAACAUAUUCUUCACAACAUGAAUUGCAACAAGAGAUGCAGAGGUUGCGAAUAACUAUAGGAGCUCCAUUAAAACGACCACCAAAACAUCAAAUAUGUGACGACACAUUGAUGCCUGCUUUUCUUUCCAUCGAUCCAAACUCUGUUGAUCUGAAGUUGAAGAACAGGUCUCUAGAAAUGGAGGAAAACUUUGUCCAUCCUGAUGGUCUAAGCGAUUUUGUUGUAUUUUGUACAACAGAUUUUUCUACUGUUGCCAAAGAGGUUUAUGUAAGAACACGCAGGGUGCGGCUAAUUGGCAUUGAGGGUGCCGGUAAAACCUCUCUUAUGAAAGCGAUUUUGAAUCAGGGAAGAACAACUACCAUGACAAGCCUUGAAGCUUUUCCUAUGGAUGUUGAUCUCCAAGAAGGUAUUGCUGGUGGCUUGCUCUAUUCAGAUUCCACAGGAGUGAAUCUGCAGAAUCUGAAUCUGGAAGCCUCAAACUUCAGGGAUGAAUUGUGGAAGGGUAUCCGUGAUCUUAGCCAGAAAACAGAUUUGGUCAUUCUUGUGCACAACUUGUCUCAUAGGAUACCCCGGUAUGGCCAAUCAAACGCAUCACCACAACCAGCUCUGUCACUACUCUUAGACGAGGCUAAAACUGUUGGCAUCCCUUGGGUUCUUGCUAUAACAAACAAAUUCUCUGUUAGUGCACACCAGCAAAAGACAGCUAUUAAUGGCGUAUUGCAAGCAUAUCAAGCCUCUCCUACACUAACCGAGGUUGUCAAUUCAUGCCCAUAUGUAAUGCCCACCUCAGUAGGGGUUGAACUAUCAUGGCGUGCUGAAGACACAGUACCUGAUAGGAAAUCUGUCGGCCGAAGGCUAAUUUUUGCCCCACUCAAUCUUGUUCGGAGACCUUUCCGAAGGAAACCAUCAAUUCUCCCUGUUGAUGGUGUAACAUCUCUUUGUCAGCUUGUCCAUCGCUUGCUCCGAAACAAUGAGGAAGCUGCCCUACAGGAACUUGCUAGAGAUAGGAUUUUCUUUGAACUGGCACGAGAGCGUGCAGCUGCUGGAAGAGCAGAUCGAGAUGCAGCUGCUAAGUCGAAUACUUUAGGUGCAGCGACUGUUGGCGCAUCUGUUGGAGCCGGAGUCGGGAUCUUAUUGGCAGUCGUCAUGGGAGCAGCCUCGGCCUUGAGGAAACCAUGAAAAGUUGCAGUUUCAGGUUGUCAGAAUUUAUUUUUUGUAGGUGCUAUAUAUUCCUUGUACAUAUUUAGACACGAAUAAUCCAUAUAUAAUCUAUUUUUAAUUUAAUUCUUCAAUUUUUUGGAUGAGCAA